UAUGUGUGUCGUGUCUUGUUAUUCUUUAGUCGAUGAUUCGACGCAGCGAUGGCGCCCGACGCAGAAUGUAACGAUUUGUCUGCUAACGAAAAGAAGCUCUAUGAGCUAAUCCAAGCGGGCAAGGUGGACGAGGUGAUAGAGAUUCUAAAUGAGAAAGAUGUCAGGAUAGACUGCUUAGACAAGCACGGCAUGACUCCUCUACAGCAGGCUGCCUACAAAGGAAACAAAGAGUUGUGCCAGCUGAUGCUCUCGCACGGCGCCGACAUCAACAGCAACCGGCACGAGCACGGCUACACAGCGCUCAUGUUCGCCGCGCUCUCUGGCAGCGAGGCUACGACGCGCGUGCUUCUCGAGUCCGGCGCACGCACGACGGCGACCAACUCCGUGCGGCGCACCGCCGCGCAGAUGGCCGGCUUCGUCGGCCAGCACCGCGUCGUCGCUCUCAUCAACAACUUCUACCCGCGCGACGAGCUCGCCUACUACACGCGCGCGCGCGGCCUCGACGCCGAGCCGAAGCUGCCGCCGCCGCUGCUCGGCCGCGUGCACGAGCUCGUGACGGCCGCCAACGUGCACCCGGUGAGCGUCGUGCGGCGGCUGCAGCGCGGCGGCGACUUGAUGCUCGGCGAGCUGGCGCGCGUCGAGCGCGUGCUGCGGCUCGUCGCCGAACGCGAGUACCGAUCGACGACCGAGCGCAACGACGUCGUCUCGCUGAAGAUGCACUUCCUCGCGGAGAUCUGCAAGGGAUGCCUCGACUGGAUGCGCGAGGCCGGCGGGGGAGGCGGCGCGGGAGGGGGCGCCGCCGAUGCGGCGCGGCCGGAGGCGCUCGACUCGUACCUGCGGACGCUGCUGCGCGGCCGCGACGUCGACGGGUUUCCCGUCUACCUGGAGAAGUUUGUGCGGCAGGCGAUCCGGAGCUAUCCGUACCCGGACAGCGUGCUGCUGCAGCAGCUCGUGCGUGCCGUUGCGCCCGUCACCGUCGGCGACCACCCGACGGCGCUGACGUCACUCGCGGCGACGCUGUCGGGCCAGCGCAACGCGGACGACGAUACGGGCGAGUGCGACACGUGCGGCAGCGACGGCGCGGCGAAGCGCUGCUCGGCGUGCCGCUGCGUCUGCUACUGCGAUGUCGCGUGCCAGCGGCUGCACUGGUUCACGCACAAGCGCGUCUGCAAGACGCUCGCCGCGCAGCGGCGCAUGGUGGAGGCGCGGCGCGAGCGGGAGACGCGCGAGCGGGAGGAGGGCGAGCGGGAGGAGGCGCGCCUGAAGGAGGAGGACGAGGCGUUCGAGCAGCAGUGCGAGGAUGACGAGGCCGCGUACGUGACGGACGAGGAGGAGGAGGCGGCGGCGAGGAAGCCGCCGGUGGGAGGCGUCAUCGAGACGCGGGAGGACGGCUCCGAACUCGUGCAGUGCCCCUUCACGGGCGCCGCCUACUGGAUGAAGGACGGCAAGGUGUUCAACCCGGAUGACGGGAAGGAGAUGCAGCCGAAUCCAGCCGACGUGGCCGUCACUUGCCCGUUCUCCGGGAUGACACAGACAGAGGGGAAGGCGGGAGAAAAUGCAGAUCCCAGUCAAGUGCAGCUGGAAGUGAAGGAGGAGUGAGUCCGGGAAUUCGAUCCGGUUUCAGAGGGAGGAUUUUGGACCUCAAUUUGUUGGCAUAGUCUAGCCUUUGUUGUCGUGUGGACAGUGUCUAGUGCAUAGUGAUCGUAGAAAUUGAUCUUAUUUAAGGCCUUGUCUGUGUUUUUCUGUUCGUUUCCCUAUAGGCCUAAACAGUCAUUGGGUAUUGUGCAAUGCCGUCCGUUUAAUUACAGCUACCGAGCUGGCAAAUAUGUGGAAUCGAUAGAAUCAUUAAAACGCACAUAAUUUAAGAUUUCAUAUUGCUGAACGAGGCUGAAAUAGGAGUGGAAUAAUAUUAUUGCUAUUAAUUUUUCUAUUUGCUAUUUUAAAAGGCAUUCGCAAGAAUAUCGUAUUGCGCAAUCGUUUAUAGCGCAACUCUGCUCCAUAUCUUUCCAUUUUCCCCGUCCGUGUUUCCGUUAGAUGUCGUAGAAUUUUCUAGAAUGUUCGUGGAAUAGGUACAAUAAGUCAUCAAAGAGCAUAUAUGUUAACGUUCAGCCAAUUACUGCCUGUCAUUAUUCACCCCCCCCCUAAGAUAUAUAUAGCCAGUGGGUU